AUGGGCAAGAAAAAGAGAAAGGCACCCCAGCUCGAGGCGUGGUGCUGGUACUGCGAUCGCGAGUUUGAAGACGAUAAAGUCUUGCUGCAGCAUCAAAAGGCCAAGCACUACCGAUGCCACCUCUGCCCGCGUCGGCUGAAUACGGCGGGCGGUCUCGCCGUCCACCUGACGCAGGUGCACAAGGCCGAACCCGAGAGGCUGGAAAAUACGCUACCCGGUCGGGACACGUUCGACAUUGAGAUCUACGGCAUGGCCGGAAUCCCGGAACGCGACCUGAUGGAGUGGAAGGCGCGCCGCGCGGCCGCCGCGUCCAAGGGCGGCGCCGGGGCCGGUGCCAACUCGGCGGCCAACAAGCGGCCGCGCAUCGAAAAGAUGGUGCUCUCCGUCGAGGCGCUGCGCAUCCAGCUCGAGGCGCACAAGGCCCUCAUGAGCGGCAAGACGCCGUCGCACCCUCCGCCGGGCUUCGGCCCGCCGCCGCCCGGUAUCGCCGCGCCGCCGUUUGGCGUUCCACCCGCGUCCGUACCGGGGCUUUACAACCGUCCGCCCCCCGGAUUCCCGCCUCCCAACAUGGCCGUACCGCCGCCCGGCAUCCCGCCCUAUGGCGUUCCACCACCCGGUUUCGCAGGGGUACCACCCCCCGGCGCCGUCGUACCUCCGCCAGGAGGAGGGAUGGGCUUCCCGCCUCCCUCGUCUUCGUCGUCGUCGACGAUGGCCCCGCCGCCGCCGAUGGCCAACUUUGGUGGUGCAUCUAUUGGCGGCGCGCCCUCGCCCCACCAGAGCGCCAUCAAGAACGGGCUCAAGAGCCGUCUCGUCUACGCCGACCCGGAAAUCAGCCCCGAGGAGAAACUCGCACGGACCGUCAAGUACCUCUACCGCGAUCCCCUGGACGGUGCGCCGACGCAGGUCCCGGCGCAGGGAGAGCGCAGCGCUUCGGCUGACCCCGCCACUGCUGCUGCUGCUGCUGCCGCACCGGCCACCGAGAUGGAGGCCAAGGUCGAAGGAGGAGGGGAGCCACCGGCUGGACAAGACGCUGCGAGCCCCGCCGCUGCUGCUGCCCAGUCGCCCACGCAGGCCAACAAGGGCGGGAGAGCGAGGGCGUCGGAUCUCUUCUAG